AGCGCUUGCGCAUUGACCGCUCCUGCUGUUUCCUCUCACUCUGAGACCCUGCAUUCUGACAGUGCGAGCUGCGAGCUUUGCGGCAUUUCCAAGCCAAUAGUGAGGUUGCCUUGAGAAACACUGGGACAGCCGAGCGGUCCGGUGACUUGUCUCCCCUUCUCCCACCUCCUCUUCGGGGCUGAUCAGCUGCUGGGGCUUCACCGUUGAAGAUGGUUUGCGGCGGCUUCACCUGUUCCAAGAACUCGCUUUGUAUCCUGAACCUGCUGUACAUUCUGGUGAGCCUGUUGCUGAUUGGAAUUGCAGCAUGGGGUAAAACCUUUGGACUUGUUACAAGCUUCUCUGUUGUCGCAGGAGUGAUUGGAGUUGGAAUCUUUCUUUUCUUCAUUGCUUUGAUUGGAUUACUGGGAGCCAUUAAGCAUCACCAAGUGUUACUAUUUUUUUAUAUGAUAAUUUUGUUUUUGGUGUUUGUAGUCCAGUUCUCCAUCUCCUGUGCAAGCCUUGCACUGAAUGAGAAUCAACAGAAUCAUUUUCUGGAAGUGGGAUGGAACAAGUCGGUGGAAACUAGAGGAGAUGUGGAAUCAUAUUUGAACUGUUGUAGCUUUAAUGAAGUAAACCUAAAUGAAACCUGCAAAGCUCAUUGCGUUGCUGCUAAUGAUUGUCGUCCAUGUGGACCGAUCUUAAAAACCUAUGCUGGUGAAGUACUGAGAUUUGUCGGUGGCAUAGGUCUUUUCUUCAGUUUCACUGAGAUCCUGGGUGUGUGGUUAACACACAGAUACAGGAAUCAGAAAGAUCCACGAGCAAAUCCAAGUGCUUUCCUGUAGGAGAAACAGUCAAUGCCAUACCACUGGAACGCUGCACUACUGAAGCCUCCUAUUUUUUUUUUGUUUUGUUGAUGAGGCUUUCAAUAUCUAAAACUCCACCAGCUUGCAAGACGUGUCUUUCACCUGGGAUAAGGGUUUUCAUUCAGUUUUGCUUUCAGUUGUAAUGAAACUUGUAACUAAUCUUUGUUAAUCUCUAAUAGAAUUCUCAGUUGAGGAAUGCACUGCUGUUUGUUGUUGUCCAGAGUCUAAUCCUUGUCACAUGCAUUUGGUUAGCACAAGAGGUUGUGGCUUCAAUACUGUGUGUUGAUUCUUAGAAAAGUACCACACUAAUGAAAUUGAAUAUUAACACCAAAGGAAAUGAUGCUCACAGCAUUAUUUGAUAUUCAAUCCCCUUAAAGUAUCACAAUGUAUAAUAGCAUAAGUCUAGAUUUUCAUUUUUCCAAUUUCCAUAUGUGCAUAGUUAACUAAUAGUAAAGAUAUUUUGUUUGAACGGAAGGUAAUCACAGUUAAAUUUGAACAACUUAGAUUAUACGUAAUAUAAGUGCAUUUUCAUUUUGUGCAUUAGCUUGGUGGAGCAGUUCCUUUUUGUAACUUCUUCCUAUUGCAUUUGGGUUUUCAAAAGAUGUCUCAAACUUGUUUCUGUCUUUGAAAAUUGAGAAGUUUAGUUUUUACACAUGGGUCUCCUGAUCCACUGUGAGCAAUACUAGCUGAAAGAAAUGCAUUUCUUAUGGCUCAACGAUCUUCUGACUUCAAAACCAUUUACAGGAUUUUGUGCAUAUGUAUGUGGAAAGCUUGUUUCCUUGGUAGUUCAGUCAGCAGUGGCCGGUUUAUUUCCCUAGCUUAUUUGGAAAUGCUUAUACCUGCCUGUGUGAUUUAAUGUGAAGUUUUGUUGUAGCACCGCACUGCUCUGAUUGCUGAUAAAUUUAAUAUACUGUGAUUUUUUUCUCUCUAUUUGGUGGUAAUACUUUAAUCAAUUACUAUUUGUUUAAAGAAUGUCUUUGUCUUUGUUUUUAAUCAAAACAAUGUUUUGCUUCAAGUGCACAUAGUAAAAGUGGAUCAUUCUAAAAUAGCUAACAUAGAAACAAAUCAUGUAAAUUGUGUUUGCACCACAUUUGUUUUUUCUCUACACAAUGAGAAAUUACCUUUAUUUGGAUAUUUAUGAUAUUGAUUUAUUGUGAAAUUUUGCUCAUGACAUAACUGUAUUGAGAAUUGAGUAUAUUUGACAGCUUGGUAUCAUAGUAUCUUUAUGAAUGUAGGCCAAACCAUUGAUUGUUCCUAACACUGGAGAGAGACAGCAGUGAUUUAACAUAUCUUGUCGGGAAAAAUGUUAAUGUAGAGAAUAUUAUUACUGUAUUUAUGGAAUUUGUAAAAUUUGAGACUGGGUAAAUUGUGGACUCCAACCAUUAAAGUUUCAUUUAUGUGGGUGGAUGAA